GGGCACCGAGCGUCAGCCUCGUCGAUUCAGUCCCGAGCACCCUCGGCGGCCGCGCCUCCCGCCCUGCGUCCUCCGGUCCGGCUCCGCGCCACCAUGCCCGCGGUGGACAAGCUCCUGCUGGAGGAGGCGUUGCAGGACAGCCCCCAGACUCGCUCUUUACUGAGUGUUUUUGAAGAAGAUGCUGGCACCCUCACGGAUUAUACCAACCAGCUGCUCCAGGCGAUGCAGCGCGUCUACGGAGCCCAGAAUGAGAUGUGCCUGGCCACUCAACAGCUUUCUAAGCAGCUGCUGGCAUAUGAAAAACAGAAUUUUGCUCUUGGCAAAGGCGACGAAGAAGUAAUUUCUACACUCCACUAUUUUUCCAAAGUGGUAGAUGAGCUUAAUGUUCUUCAUACAGAGCUGGCUAAACAGUUGGCAGACACAAUGGUUCUACCUAUUAUACAGUUUCGAGAAAAGGAUCUCACAGAAGUAAGCACUUUAAAGGAUCUUUUUGGACUCGCCAGUAAUGAGCAUGACCUCUCGAUGGCAAAAUAUAGCAGGCUUCCAAAAAAAAAGGAGAAUGAAAAGGUGAAGAUCGAUGUUGUGAAGGAGGUGGCGGCUGCACGGCGGAAACAGCACCUUUCUUCCCUUCAGUACUACUGUGCCCUCAACGCGCUGCAGUACAGAAAGCGCGUGGCCAUGAUGGAGCCCAUGAUAGGCUUCGCCCACGGACAGAUUAACUUUUUCAAGAAGGGAGCAGAGAUGUUUUCCCAAAGCAUGGACAGCUUUUUAUCCUCCGUAGCAGACAUGGUUCAAAGCAUUCAGGUGGAACUAGAAGCCGAAGCGGAAAAGAUGCGGGUGUCGCAGCAAGAACUGCUUUCUGUCGAGGAGUCUGUUUACGCCCCAGACUUUGAUGUGGCUGCACCACAGAUCAACAGGAACCUCAUCCAGAAGGCUGGUUACCUGAAUCUUAGAAAUAAAACAGGGUUGGUCACCACCACCUGGGAGCGGCUUUACUUCUUCACGCAAGGCGGGAACCUCAUGUGUCAACCCCGGGGAGCUGUUGCCGGGGGCCUGAUCCAGGACCUGGACAACUGCUCGGUGAUGGCAGUGGAUUGUGAAGACCGACGAUACUGCUUCCAGAUCACCACUCCCAAUGGAAAAUCGGGAAUAAUCCUCCAGGCAGAAAGCAGAAAGGAAAACGAAGAGUGGAUCUGCGCCAUAAACAACAUCUCCAGACAGAUCUACCUGACUGACAACCCAGAGGCAGUCGCCAUCAAGUUGAAUCAGACGGCUCUCCAAGCAGUGACCCCCAUUACGAGUUUUGGGAAAAAACCAGAAAGCUCGUGCCCCAGUCAGAACCUGAGAAAUGCAGAGACAGAAGAUGACAAGAUUGUGUCCCAAGCAGCCGUCCGUGCCGACGACGCCGAUGAGCUCAUCGCACCGGGAACACCUAUCCAGUUUGAUAUCGUCCUUCCUGCCACAGAAUUCCUGGACCAGAACCGGGGGAGCAGGCGCAUCAACCCUUUUGGUGAAACUGAGGAUGAGACCUUUCCAGAAGCAGAAGAUUCCCUUUUGCAGCAGAUGUUUGUAGUUCGGUUUUUGGGCUCGAUGGCAGUCAAAACAGACAACACUACUGAAGUGAUUUACGAAGCAAUGAGACAAGUAUUGGCUGCUCGGGCAAUUCACAACAUCUUCCGUACGACAGAGUCCCAUCUGAUGGUCACCAGUCAGACUCUAAGGUUGAUAGAUCCUCAGACUCAAGUAACAAGGGCCAAUUUUGAGCUCACCAGCAUCACCCAGUUUGCUGCCCAUCAAGAAAACAAGAGACUAGUCGGCUUUGUGGUCCGCACGCCCGAAUCCACAGGUGGACAGUCGCUGAGUACAUACGUUUUUGAAAGCAACUCAGAAGGCGAAAAGAUAUGUUAUGCUAUUAAUUUGGGAAAAGAAAUCAUUGCGGUUCAGAAGGAUCCAGAAGCAUUGGCUCAAUUAAUGCUGUCCAUACCACUAACCAAUGAUGGAAAAUAUGUACUGUUAAACGAUCAACCAGAUGACAAUGAUGGAAGUCCAAAUGAAAACAGAGGCGCAGAAUCUGAAGCAUAACUCUCUUGGGCCUUUGGGGAAAGAGCACCCAGGAAGGAGAGCUACCUCCUUAAGGGUUUUCAACUUCUCUGACAUACAGGCCCACGACCUGGUUUCAGAACGCUGACAAUCGCUUGUGGAAUGUACUCUUGAUGCCUUGAUACUGAGACUUGGGAGGGAAACAGUGAGAAAUGGUUGACAACAUUCCUACCCAUCUACAAAUGUUACUUUAGGUGCUUUGUGGUAAGUCGUCUUCUUAGAUUGUACUGUUCAGCGCUCAGAAUGAAGGUUACUGAAAAAAUGCAUUGUUCACUUUAUUCAAAUGUCAUCUCUUCAGUCUCCAAGUACCCUUUUUAAAAAACGAUAAAAGCCUAGAUUUAUAAUUUGAUAAACACUAAAUAUUUCCUAUUAAUAUAUUUUUAUAUUUUCCUUAAUGAGCUUUAAGUGCCUGUCAUUCUGAAAGUUGUGUAUUUAUAAUCAGGCUUGUCUCACAGUCGGACCUACCAGCAUCAGUUUGUGCAGUUAGGUGGCGAGCCCCGCUUGGAGGGCCUGAGCGUUAGCAAAAAUGCAGGUCUAGUUGUGAUCAUUUUUCUCAGACAUCAUGCAAUAAAAAGACUAGCAGACGAGCACCACGCAAGAUGCUCAGUUUUACAUGGAAACCUUGAUGAAACAGCAUUCAGAAGUUUACGGUCUUUCAGGUAUGGUUUUAGUGGUGGAUCACUACAGACCGUGUGAAGCUCUACCAGUUCCUGAUUCUUCUGAGCCAGACCCUCCUCAAGGAAGGGACCAAUUAAUUUUAAAACUCACUUGAAUGAAAGCAUGGCUGGUUGCGGGGCUUGGUAUAAAAAUCCUAUUCCACCCCUACCUACGAAGUAUGAUGAUCCUGAAUUGGCACCAUGUGUUUAAUUAUAACCAGUUUCAACAGAAUACCGUUGUCUUUGUAAUAAAUUAACCUAGCAACAAAUGCUAGCAAAUAAAAACUACCAUUCUGUUUCUUUC